GGCUGCAGCGGACUGAUCUGCCGUCGGACAUGGAGGUGAGUGAAGCUCUCUGUCAGCAGGAUCGGCUGCAGCUCCUCUCAGCUGUACACACAGGGUGAAACAUCUGAACAUGUUGAGGUCUUGAAUCCGUGACGAGUCUGCUGAGGUGCAAGAACCUCCAGUGGCUGAGAUCAACUGAGGUGGAAUGAAUGAAAGCAUUUCAGGAGAAGAGGAAGUGGCAGACUGAGAUAGAGAACAAGAAGCGGCAGCUGGAGGACGACAGGAGAGCUCUGCAGCACCUGAAGUCGAAGGCUCUGAGGGAGCGCUGGCUACUGGAUGGAGCGCCAUCUGCUGGACCAGAGCAGGAUGAAGUGAAGAGACAACUGGAGCAGGACGAGGCCAAGACCAGGACCCUGGAGGACACCAUCAACAGGUUGGAGAAGGAGCUCCUCAUUUUGGAAACAGGCGGAGUGUGUCAGACCAUAACACACACUACUGUGUCAUCAGGAUCAGUUAAAGCUGUAGAGGUCAAAGGUCACAGCAUCCGUCAGCAGGACACACCUGCAGCUCAUGUCGUCCAAGAGGUCAAAGUUCACAAAAGCCCUCGAAUGAACAAACCAAGAGAGGCGGCUGACGAGAUGAAGAGAGCCAUGUACUCGGUGGAGAUUAAAGUAGAGCGGGACAAAGUGACGGGGGAAACCAGGGUUCUGUCUACUAACACCACACUUCCUGUUGACCUUUCUCACCAAGGGGUCAAAGUUUACGAGGACGAGCAGAAAGUGGUCCAUGAGAUGAACGGCGAAGAUGGCGUCCAACUGCUCAGCUCUUCUGAGGUCGAGGAGCUCAUCCACAAAGCUGACGAGGCCUCGAUGAUGUCACAGACUGUCGCCACGGUGACCUCUCUUCCGACGGCAGAGGUCCAGGAAGAGGCGGGUCCCGAGCAGCCGCCACCAAUCGCAGCAGAGAUCACUGGGCUGGAAGCCAAAGCAGGCGGCGAGCCGAACGUGGCCGAGGCCACCGCGGAGAACCCCAUCACCAUGGUCUUCAUGGGAUACCAGAACGUCGAGGACGAGGACGAGACAAAGAAGGUGCUGGGGCUGCAGGGGACGGUGAAGGCCGAGCUGGUGCUCAUCGAAGACGCUAACGGAAAAACGUCACCAGGUGAAGAGAAGAAGGAGACAGCAGCUGUGUCUCCACCUGCCUCAGCUGCCCCACCGUCUCCCACUAAACCUCCAGAGGCUGCGACAGCGGUGGCGAGUAAUGGGGAGACGGCAGGGGAGGCAGAGGGGGUGAAGGGAAAGGCAGUGGAGAUUAAGAAGGAAAAGCAGCCAUGUAAGUGCUGCAGCAUCAUGUGAUCCUGCAGGGGGCGCUGCAUUGAAAUAUAAUAAUAUGAAAAUACAAAAGAAGGAGACUUUCAGGACAAAACUACAGAAACUAAACUCCACCCACUGCCUUCAGCCUCGCCUCUAACAACAUGACAUCACUUCCUAUUUCCUCAUUCUCCAUUUUAUAAAACCUCUCUUUAUCUAUUUAUGUUUUCUUGAAGCCUUUUUACUUUUGUACUGCUCACGUUUCCAAUUGUGACGCCUCAGUGCAUCUGAUUAGCAUUAGCAUUAGCAUUAGCCAAGCAGUCCUGGCAUUUGUAACUUUAACCUCCUCUCUCUCUCUUUAUAAGCUCUAUGAUAUAAAACCGUGAAUUAAUUUUAAAGUUGUAUUUAUUUGAUGAGUUUCACUCAGUUUGUUGGAGUCUUUUCAGUUCUUUGGAGGGUUUUAUAAACGUGAGAAAACAUAAUAAAAUGACCUGAAGGCUCGACUCAGUGCUGAAAGGAAAAAAAAUGAUUUUGUACUUCUAUAAGAUCACAGCCUCCGUCAUCCUCCAUCACAUUGCAUGAUAUCACUGCACUUUGUUUCAAACAAUAGUUUCUCAAAGCUGCCAGCUUAAAAUACAGCAGAUUUCAUUCAUUCAGUCAACAUGACCCCCCUUCUUUCACUUCAUUUACCCUCCAUGACUGACAGCUGACUGAACAUCUGAUACCUGAUCGGACUGUUCACUGAACCCCUCCUGUCAGCACGUGUUCGCCUAACAAUGAUAACAGUGGCAGAGUCGUUUUUCCAGGUUGUUUUUGCAGAGGUUCUACAUACGCUAACUGACUCUGAACAGGUUGCUAAUGCUGGCAG